CUAGUGGCCGCAUAGGUAGCAGCACGCGCUCUGAUUGCUGCUUGGUUUUCUUUGCGAUUACAGCGCUGGUUGUAACGGUGGGGGUUCCAGUCAGUAGAUUCGUAAAUAUCUACGGCGGCGGGUGGAAAUGAAAGGCUCUUGACAUAUUGUUUGUGUUUCGAUUAAUUUUGUUUUGUUUAUCUUGAGUUAAAGUUACUUUUUGAUUUCCAGUUUAUAAUCUCUAUGUGGUUACAGACUUAAUUGUGACGGUUUGUUAAAAGUUAGCGUGAUAAUGUUUUAGCGUUUUUUUUAAUUCGUAAGUAACGGAAAUACGGUUUAAAAGUCAGAUACGUUAGUGCUUAAUUUCUUUGGCAAGUUAAAUAAUAAGGUGGAGGCUAACAGUUUUCAGCAAAAUUGUUGAGUGACUGUUGUAUGUGAACAAUUUAAAUGUGGAGAUAAAUUGGACAGUUACCCGUGGUGUUUUAAUUUAGCGUACCCAAUUCUGCUAUCAUGUCGAAAACACAUUUGAUUGACGGAAUUUGUUUCAAUUCUGAACAGUGCGGGCUUUUGAGUGUCGAAGAAGAGUGUUUACCGAAGCUGAUCAAAAAGGAGCCCAUCACAAACGUGUACGAUGUAGAACAGACACCGUUUGCUCGGGGCAAGUUCGCGGCCGUGCGUCGUUGCACGCACCGCGCCACGGGCGUGCCCUACGCCGCCAAGUUCAUCCGCAAGCGGCGGCGCGCCAUGGACCAGCGCCACGACAUCCUGCACGAGGUGGCGGUUCUGCAGCUCGCCGCCGACAGCGCGCGCAUCGUGCGCCUGCACGAGGUGUACGAGACGGCCGCGGAGAUGGCGCUGGUGCUCGAGCUGGUGGAAGGGGGAGAGCUGCAGCACGUGCUGGACUCGCUGGAGGCCCUGGAGGAACGCCACGUGGUGGAGGUCAUGCGACAGAUCCUGGAGGCGCUGAGCUUCCUUCACAGGCGCAACAUCGCCCACCUCGACCUCAAGCCGCAGAACCUGCUUCUGACUGGGGCGUAUCCGGACUGCGACAUCAAGUUGUGUGACUUCGGCAUCUCCAGGGUCAUACAGCCCGGCAUCGAAGUUCGUGAAAUUUUGGGCACUCCCGAUUAUGUUGCACCUGAAAUUUUGAACUACGAGCCUAUCAGCUUAGCCACGGAUAUAUGGUCGGUGGGCGUGCUGGCGUACGUGCUGGUGUCGGGCGGUUACUCCCCGUUCGCCGGCGACUCGAAGCAGGAGACCUUCUGCAACAUCUCGCAGUGCAGCCUCAGCUUCCCCGCCGAGCUGUUCGGGGGCACCUCGGACGCUGCCCGCGACUUCAUCCGCGCCACGCUCAACACCAGCCCCUGUUCCCGGCUGACCAUCGAGCAGUGCCUGUCCCACCCGUGGCUGAGGGGCGCGGUCUCGCUCACGCUCACGCUGACGGCCGCGGAGGAGAGCCAGGUCCCAGGGGAGGACGCGGCGUGCGACCGGGAAGUGGGCGACAUCGGCCGGUCCCUCAGGCCGGACGGCAGCGGGGGCUCCCCGUCGUCGUCGCCGGCGGAGGAGGAGGAGCGGGACGACCUGCCCGUCCACAAGCGCCCCAAGAACUCCCCCGAGGGCCGGCGGUCGUCCUUCCCCGUGGGGGCCUGCCUGUGCUGCCGACGCAGCCAGUCCCCGCUCGCGGCCGAGCUCCUGAAGGGCCUGGGCUGCCAGCAGCGGCACUACAGCUCGCCGUCCGUCGGCAUCCUGAUGGACCGGGGCGUCAUCUACUAGCGGCCGGACUCCUCUCACGCCCAGUGUAUGUUUCUGAUUAGACAUUGUGGAUUUAGUCAGGCUGUGGAGGCAUUAAAAUGUUUCCUAAAAGAACAUUUCAAGUCAUUUGCAGUGGACUGUCUGUUAUUUUUUUUUUUGAUACAAUGGUUAAUUUAUGGUAGUUGAAGCAUUAAAAAGAGUUAAUUGUUUUGAAUGUUAUAAAAAAAAGACUCAUAUUUUCACUUACCGUUGUUGGUAGUCGUGCAGAAUUUUCUGUUUAUUUUUGUGCAACUGAAAAACUUUUUUUUUUUCCAGUGUGUGUGUGUGGAGUGCAGGAUAUUAUACAUGUGGUCAGUAAGUUUGUGUUGUUUUUUGUCACUCAGGUGCAUCUUUUGUAAAUGUUACAUGGUGCUUCAAAAAGAAAGUAAUUUUUAAGUUGCCUCUCUCUUUUUUUUUUUGUCGGCUUGUUUGGAAAGAGAGUUUCUCGUUAAAAAAGUUAAUGAAAAAAACAUAAUACGUAUAUAUUCGUAGGAUCUAGGGAAUAAAUUUUAAUUGCUGAAAACAUAAGUGGAAAUCGUUAAUUUUUUCUGUCAAAAAUAAUAAUUCUUGGUUUUGGGAAAAUAUUUGUGUAUUUAAUGUUUUGUGUUAAGUUUGUGCCGUAUCUCGCAAUGAGCAGAAGAUGCAAUAGCUGAUAUAAGGAGUGUGUGGGAAUUAACUGGGUACCCUUGAAAUGCAAGUUCUGCAAAUUCUCUGAAACAAUUGGUUGUUAGCAUGCAUCAGCUACUCAGUAUUAUUGAUGGAGAAAAAAAACUACUUUGUGCAUGCGUUUAGAUGAAAGAUUGUUCUUUGUUGGUUCAAGGACACUUAAAAAAUUUACAAUUAUGAGAAAUACUUUUAUAAGCAUUUCAAGUACACUGGUCUUUGUUAAACCUUAUGUACAAUAGUGGUCAUUGUUACCAUGUUGGGUUUUUUUUUCUCUGUAAGCUUCCCUUUUUUCUGUUCUUUGUUAUUUCACAAGUGAAAACAUCCAGGAUAUUGGCAUGUGUGUAAUUUACUUGAAUCCCUGUCAGGAUGGUCUUUGAAAGUGUAAGUGUGUCUUGUGGUGGAGAGUAUUUUUGUAUAACAUGUUCGUGCCUUAGCUGUGCUCGGUCCAGAGGCCAUCAUAUCUUGUACUUCCUCGGGACAGCAGUUGUCUGUCCGAGAGGCUGCAGCUUGCUCCACGCUUUUACUUUCACUCGGACGUCCAAAGUUAAACAAAUCUUGUCGCAAAUUUUUGUUUGUGUUGUGGUGCUGCAUGACGUGAUUCGGGAUGUUCGUGUUGGUGCCCGUGAAUGGUGCUGGCGGCUGGCGUUAUGUCGCGUUGGUGACACUUUUUCCUGUUUGCCACGUGAAGACUGAACUUCCUCAUCUUCCACAUCUUGGGUUGUCUUUCGACUAAUUGAAGGGACUCCGUGUACACACCAGCAGUAAACAUCACUCUUUCAACCUUAAUUUAGUGAAGAUAAUAUUUUGUGUUUCCAUUUUAUGCUCGCUGUCUUUUUUUUUGUACGUGUUAUAGUUAUUGAACAAAAAAUAUUUCAUUGUGUGGAUGUUACAAUACCAGACCAAAGAUGUGUAGUAAUAGAGUACGCUGUAACGUUACAGAUGUAGGUAUACGUAGCUGAUUGUUUUUGCAUCAUUUUGACCAGCUCUGAAGCGUAAUAUAUUCCUAAAUUUUAACUCCUUUUAGUAUGGAUAUUUUACCAAAUAUAACCUAGCUGCUAAAAAAAAAAAUUGUACAUCAAAGUGAUUAGUUAAAAAAUUUUAAUCUUUGGCUGUUGUUGAGGCUUGCAUAGCAAGCAUAAAUUUUUUUUUGUCUAUGCAAAGUAAAGAGCUUUCACUAUUUUUGGAAAGGAAAGUUGUUUAGGAGUUGUAUCCAUCUGGAAUGGAUGUUGUUGAAGCACUUAUUGAAUAAGUGCAGUUGUUCCCUUCCUUCAGGUUAAGAAGAGUACUUUUGUAGUAAUUUAUUAAGUGUGUGCCUCCAUAAAUGAAAGUUCAAAAAAAAUAAAACCAAAUGAAAAUAAAUUUUUGGUUGUGUU